GUCUCUGCCCUGCUAUCAUGGUCCAUCUGACUGACGUGCAGCAGCACAGGCUCCGUGAGCCCCUAUAAAAGACACAGCAGGGCAAGAAGAGGAUAGACCAUCUUUCUGACCAACAAGGAGCACUGAGAAACCUUUCCAGCACCUCUAACACCUGGUCAUGUGUAAAGCUGCAGUUCUCACACUCGGCCUGCUGGUGGCGCUGCUGGGCGGCGCUCGGGCCACAGACGGACACCCGAUCUACGGAGUCAAGCUGUGCGGCAGAGAGUUCAUCCGCGCGGUCAUCUUCACCUGCGGAGGCUCGCGAUGGAGGAGGUCUCUGGACGUUUCAGGUGACCUCUCCAGUGAUCUGCUCUCGGCUCAUGACGACGAGGCCUCUGACAGGUGGGCCGCAAACCCCAUCGUCCCUGGACUGUCAUACAGACCCCGUCCCGACGCAGAGGCCCCUGCCUGGGUGGGAGAGGGCCAGGAGAGCCCCGUGUUCAGCCGGCCCGCCCGCUCGCUCAUCUCAGAGGAAGUGCUGGAGGCCUUGCGCACGUCAGACAGGAAGGGGCGGGACGUGGUGGUCGGGCUGUCCAAUGCCUGCUGUAAAUGGGGCUGCAGUAAGAGCGAAAUCAGCUCGUUAUGUUAAAGGUCUGCGUGACCCCUUUUCUCCGCCCUUCCUUGUUCAUUCCAACCUGAAGAAUGAAGGUGGAGAGGUUGUUGAAGUUUGUUCCUAUGAAAUACUGAAAUAUAUGUGUGUCAAAUAUGUAGGAAUAGCAGAUUUGAGCCAAAGUGAAGAGCCUGUUUGUCAGUCUAUUCAAAAACUGUUCAUCUCCGUUCUUGUGAUUCUCUUGUAUGGUUAUUGAUUUAAUAACAGCAAACUGGAAUAAAGUUUUAAUUGUGAUAGA